CCUUUGGCAGCCCGGGGUCACUCCAGCCGUCCUCUCCCUCCUGACCUCCGCUCUCCUGCACAAUGGGACCUGCCUCGGGUCCCCGCCUGCUGCUGCUGCUGCUGGCCAGCCUCCCGCUGGCCCUGGGGGACCCCAUGUACUCGAUCAUCACCCCCAACAUCCUGCGGCUGGAGAACGAGGAGACCAUAGUGCUAGAGGCCCACGAAGCGCAAGGCGACAUCCCAGUCACAGUCACUGUGCACGACUUCCCGGCCAAGAAGAAUGUGCUGUGCAGUGAGAAGACCGUGCUGACCAGCGCCAGGGGACAUCUGGGCACUGUCACCAUCAAGAUCCCGGCCAGCAAGGAGUUCAAGUCGGAUAAGGGGCGCAAGUUAGUGAUCGUGCAGGCGGCCUUUGGGGGCACGCAGCUGGAGAAGGUGGUGCUGGUCAGCCUGCAGAGCGGGUACCUCUUCAUCCAGACGGAUAAGACCAUCUACACGCCGGGCUCCACCGUCCUCUAUCGGAUCUUCACCGUGGACAACGACCUGCUGCCCGUGGGCCGGACCAUCAUUGUUACCGUCGAGACGCCCGAAGGCAUCCCCGUCAAGCGGGACACCCUGUCUUCCAACAACCAGAAUGGCAUCUUGCCCCUGUCUUGGAACAUACCGGAGCUGGUCAACAUGGGGCAGUGGAAGAUCCAGGCCUUCUACGAGCACUCGCCCAAGAAGGUCUUCUCGGCGGAGUUCGAGGUGAAGGAGUACGUGCUGCCCAGCUUUGAGGUCGUGGUGGAGCCUACAGAGAAGUUCUACUACAUCGACAACCCGGACGGCCUGGAGGUCAACAUCAUGGCCCGAUUCCUAUAUGGGAAGAACGUGGAUGGAACAGCCUUUGUCAUCUUUGGGGUCCAGGACGGUGACCAGAGGAUCUCCCUGGCGCAGUCCCUCACCCGAGUCGUGAUUGAGGAUGGCAGUGGGGAGGCGGUGCUGAGCAGGCAGGUGCUGCUGGAUGGGGUGCAGCCCUCCAACGCCGGGGCCCUGGUGGGGAAGUCCCUGUACGUGUCUGUCACCGUCAUCCUGCACUCAGGCAGCGACAUGGUGGAGGCGGAGCGCAGCGGGAUCCCCAUCGUCACCUCCCCCUACCAGAUCCACUUCACCAAGACGCCCAAGUACUUCAAGCCGGCCAUGCCCUUCGACAUCAUGGUGUUAGUGACGAACCCCGAUGGCUCUCCGGCUCCCCAUGUCCCUGUGGUAACCCAGGGCUCCAACGUGCAGUCUCUCACCCAAGCUGACGGUGUGGCCAAGCUGAGUGUCAACACGCCCAACAACCGGCAGCCCCUGAGUAUCACGGUUCAGACAAAGAAGGAGGGCAUCCUGGAGGCCCGGCAGGCCACCAACACCAUGCAGGCCUUGCCCUACACCACCAUGCACAACUCCAACAACUACCUGCACCUCUCCAUGCCGCGCACCGAGCUCAGGCCCGGCGAGACCGUCAAUGUCAACUUCCACCUGCGUACCGACGCUAACCAGGAAGCUAAGAUCCGCUACUACACCUACCUGAUCAUGAACAAGGGGAAGCUGUUGAAGGCAGGUCGCCAGGCCCGAGAGCCCGGCCAGGCCCUGGUGGUGCUGCCCCUGGCCAUCACUAAGGAGCUGAUCCCUUCCUUCCGCCUGGUGGCUUAUUACACGCUCAUCGGUGCCAGUGGCCAGAGGGAGGUGGUGGCUGACUCCGUGUGGGUGGACGUCAAGGACUCCUGUGUGGGCACGCUGGUCGUCAAAGGUGGCUCGGGGAAGGACGGCAAGGACAAGCGGCAGCACCAUUUACCCCGGCAGCAGAUGACUCUCAGGAUAGAGGGCAACCAGGGCGCCCGCGUGGGUCUGGUGGCCGUGGACAAGGGUGUGUUUGUGCUGAACAAGAAGAACAAACUGACGCAGAGUAAGAUCUGGGACGUGGUGGAGAAGGCGGACAUCGGCUGCACCCCGGGCAGCGGGAAGGACUACGCGGGCGUCUUCAUGGACGCGGGGCUGUCCUUCAAGACCAGCAAGGGCCUGCAGACGGCCCAGCGGGAAGAUCCGGACUGCGCCAAGCCCGCCGCGCGCCGCCGCCGCUCGGUGCAGCUCAUGGAGAAGAGGAUGGACAAAGCGGGUCAGUACCAGAACAAGCAGCUGCGCAAGUGCUGCGAGGACGGCAUGCGCGAGAACCCCAUGCGCUUUUCCUGCCAGCGCCGCGCGCGCUACGUGAGCCUGGGCGAGGCGUGCGUGAAGGCCUUCCUGGACUGCUGCACCUACAUGAGCCGGCUGCGCGAGCAGCACCGGCGCGCCCAGAACCUGGGCCUGGCGCGGAGUGACCUGGACGAGGAUAUUAUGCCGGAGGAGGACAUCAUUUCCAGAAGCCAGUUUCCAGAGAGCUGGCUGUGGACCAUAGAAGACCUGAAGGAGCCAGAGAGAAACGGAAUCUCCACAAAGACCAUGAACAUCUUUCUGAAAGACAGCAUCACUACUUGGGAGAUUCUGGCUGUGAGCUUGUCAGAUAAGAAAGGCAUCUGCGUGGCAGACCCCUACGAGAUCACAGUGAUGCAGGACUUCUUCAUCGACCUGCGGCUGCCCUACUCCGUGGUGCGCAACGAGCAGGUGGAGAUCCGCGCGGUGCUCUACAACUACCGCGAGGACCUGAGCCUCAAGGUGAGGGUGGAGCUGCUUCACAACCCCGCCUUCUGCAGCCUGGCCACUGCCAAGAAGCGCCACUACCAGACGGUGACCAUCGGGCCGAAGUCCUCGGUGUCGGUGCCCUACGUCCUCGUGCCCCUGAAGACUGGCCUCCAGGAGGUGGAGGUCAAGGCUGCCGUCUACAACUACUUCAUCAGCGACGGCGUGAAGAAGACACUCAAGGUCGUGCCGGAAGGAGUCAGAGUCAACAAAACAGUGGCCGUUCGCACUCUGAACCCAGAGCACCUGGGCCACGAUGGAGUGCAGAGGGAGGAAGUCCCAGCUGCGGACCUCAGUGACCAAGUCCCAGACACUGAUUCUGAGACCAGGAUUCUCCUCCAAGGGACCCCGGUGGCCCAAAUGGCCGAGGACGCCGUGGAUGGGGAGAAGCUGAAGCACCUGAUCGUGACCCCCUCGGGCUGCGGGGAGCAGAACAUGAUCAGCAUGACGCCCACGGUGAUCGCGGUGCACUACCUGGACCAAACGGAGCAGUGGGAGAAGUUCGGCUUGGAGAAGCGGCAGGAGGCGCUGAACCUCAUCAACAAGGGGUACACCCAGCAGCUGACUUUCAAACAGCCCAACUGGGCCUACGCAGCCUUCAAGAACCGCGCGCCCAGCACUUGGCUCACAGCCUACGUGGUGAAGGUCUUUUCUCUGGCGGUCAACCUCAUCGGUAUUGACUCGGAGGUCCUCUGUGGGGCUGUGAAAUGGCUGAUCCUGGAGAAGCAGAAGCCCGACGGAGUCUUCCAGGAGGACGGGCCCGUGAUACACCAAGAAAUGAUUGGUGGCAACCGGAACACCCAGGAGGCUGACGUGUCCCUUACAGCCUUCGUGCUCAUCGCGCUGCAGGAGGCUAGAGAGAUCUGCAUAGGGCAGGUCAACAACCUGGAACAAAACAUCGACAGAGCCGGAGAUUACAUCGCAUCCAGAUACCUAAACGUGCAGAGACCGUACACUGUGGCCAUUGCUGGCUAUGCCCUGGCCAUGCUGGACAAGUUGAACGACUCCCUCCUCCAUAAAUUUAGAAGCACGGCCACAGAGAAGAACCGCUGGGAGGAGGCUGGUCAGAAGUUGUACAGUGUGGAGGCCACAUCCUACGCCCUCCUGGCCCUGCUGCUGCUCAGGGACUUCGACUCUGUGCCUCCCGUCGUGCGCUGGCUCAAUGAGCAGAGAUACUACGGCGGCGGCUACGGCUCCACCCAGGCCACCUUCCUGGUGUUCCAAGCCUUGGCCCAGUACCAGACAGAUGUCCCUGAUCACAAGGACCUGAACAUGGAGGUGGCCUUGCAGCUGCCUAGCCGCAGCUCCCCGUCCACCUUCCGCCUCUUCUGGGAAGCGGGUAGCCUCCUGCGGUCAGAGGAGACCAAGCAAAACGAGGGUUUCAAAUUGACGGCUAAGGGGAAAGGCCAGGGCACGCUGUCGGUGGUGACAGUGUACUAUGCCAAACUCAAGCGCAAAGUCACCUGCAAGAACUUUGACCUCAAGGUCACGCUCAGUCCAGCUCCUGAUACAGUCAAGAAGCCUCAGGAUGCCAAGAGCACCAAGAUCCUUGGCAUCUGUACCAAAUACCUAGGAGACCAGGAUGCCACUAUGUCCAUCCUGGACAUAUCCAUGAUGACCGGCUUCAUUCCUGACACAGAUGACCUCAAGCUGCUGACCAACGGUGUGGACAGAUACAUCUCUAAGUACGAGAUGAACAAAGACUCCACCAAGAACACCCUCAUCAUCUACCUGGACAAGAUCUCACACUCCGAGGAAGAAUGUCUCUCCUUCAAAAUUCACCAGUUCUUCAAUGUGGGGCUCAUCCAGCCUGGCUCCGUCAAAGUCUACUCCUACUACAACCUAGAUGAAACGUGCACCCAGUUCUACCACCCGGAGAAGGAGGACGGCAUGCUGAACAAGCUGUGCCACAAGGACACGUGCCGCUGUGCCGAGGAAAAUUGCUUCAUGCAACAGCCAGACCAGAAGAUCACGCUGGACGAGCGGCUGGAAAAAGCCUGCGAGCCCGGGGUGGACUACGUGUACAAGACCAGACUGGUGAAGAUGGAGCUGUCGGAUGACUUCGACGACUACAUCAUGGCCAUCGAGCAGGUCAUCAAGUCAGGCUCCGAUGAGGUGCAGGCCGGGCAGGAGCGCAGGUUCAUCAGCCACAUCAAGUGCAGAGACGCCCUGCACCUGCAGGAAGGGAAGCACUACCUUAUGUGGGGCCUCUCCUCGGACCUGUGGGGAGAGAAACCCAACAUGAGUUACAUCAUCGGGAAGGACACCUGGGUGGAGCUGUGGCCUGAGGCAGAAGAAUGCCAGGAUGAAGAGAACAUGCAGCAGUGCCAGGACCUGGGCAACUUCACAGAGAACAUGGUGGUUUUUGGCUGCCCCAACUGACCACACCCCUGGGCCUCCCUCGAAUAAAGCUUCAGGUCUAUGGCA